AUCUUCUUCAUAUUUUACAUUGUAUGUUCUUUUAUAUCUCUUGCAAUUUAUUAUGAAAGCCUGAAAGAUGACAUGUUGCUUUUAACAAAUAAUACAAUGAUUAUUUAUGCUGAUGAAUUAUACUUUUAAUAUAUAAAAUUAUGUAAAAAGAACAUGCAAUAGCAGACUUUGAAUUUCUCUACAUUCUAUUUUACUUUAUAUUCAAAAUUUCAGAAAAGUGUAUGAAUAAUGUACCAGUAAUACUUCAAAAAGCUAAAGAAUUGAAGGAAGGGAUGUCAGAUUGUGAGUGGAGGAAUUUUCUAAAGGAUGCAAAACGAAAUUCCCAUAUAAAGAUUGAUCUGAUUGCCCGAAAAGGAGCAGCUGUAUUAGACGAGUACAGUAAUUCUGAGGAGGAGCAGUUUGAGUUGUUGCAAAGACUCUCAAGUCUUUCUCCACCUGAAAUGCCAGACACUCAGAAAUUUAGGUUAUCAAAUAUGCUGCUUAGUGAGCUAGUGAACCAAAAGAAAUUGCAUUUAAAGAGAAAUUUUGAAAAGGAAGCAGAAGAUGAACAAAAUGCUAUGGAGGGUUUAAUUAGUGCUGCAAAACGAUUGGCAUGCAAGAGAAAGAAUAUAAAAGGUUUAAGUAAACCCCCACCGACAAAAAGAGGCCUAUUCAAUGAGAACAAGCAUCCAAAAAAGCACCCAGAAUUUAGUGAAUCAGCUGCGGUGGAAACUGACAGAUCUAAAAUCAAAAGCAUUCUGAAGAAAAAGAAAAAUGUCAAUCAGAAUGUCCUCAAGAAGGUUCAUUUUAAGGAAGGCAAUAGUGACCAUACUCAGCCCUUGACUGUGCUUGACAGACAACAAGCUCUUACAACAGUUGAGAAACUCUGGAACAUGACAGAAAUUUCUCAUUACAUAAUAGCUCGAGUCUCUAGCUAUAAUGUUACAGACGAUGAUUUUAAGUCCCUUUCUGGCAACAACUGGCUAACUGAUCAGGUAGUAGAUGCUUAUUUAGCCUUCCUUGUUCAGGCUGAAAUAGAAAAGGGGAAAAAAAUUACAAUGUAUGCAUCCCAGACCAUGACAGCAAUUGUGGAUGGCUCUUUUACCUUUAAAGGAUGCAAAAAGAAGCUGAAACUGUUUGAGUGUUCCACAGUAAUUGGUGCAGUUGUGAAGCACGGGCACUGGACUUUAAUUAUUGUGGAGCCACAGAAUGGAAUUGUCUAUUUCUACAAUCCAUUGAUGGAAAAAAGAUCACAGAUUCUUACUGUGAAAAGAAAUUGGUGUUCCUAUGUGAAUCAAAGGAUGAUUGCUUUCAAUGAGGUCAGUCAGAUGCAGUGGCAGGUAGAAACUAAAAUGCACUCAAGACAGACAGAUGGUUACAACUGUGGAGUACAUUGUUUACUGUUUGCAGAACAAUAUCUCAGUGGGCAACCAACUACAAACCACACAAGAGCAGACCUUACAGCUAUGAGACGGAAAAUUGACACAGAUUUGAUGAUGUUUGAAAUAUACCUGACAGAACAUUGUCCAGGAUGUGGCCUUGCAGUAUUUGGAAAAAAUGAGAUCAAAUGUCAAGUUUGCAAAAGAUCAUUUCAUAGGAAGAACCACUGUGUUGGAGAGGACACAGUUGACAAAGACUGUUUUGUUUGCAAACUUUGUGAAAUUAAUUUUUGGGUAUGUUUCUGCUUCAUGUAGUUUGUUAUACAUCAUUAAUCAGUCAUUUGUACAAUGAAAUUAAAAUGUUUCAGGGUCUUAAUGCUGCUUAUGAAUACUUUACUUUUUCUAUUUUAGGGCUGUGAUUGCUGAUUUGUUUUUACCUUCAGCAAGUUUUCUGAAAAAUGAUUGGGCUACUAAGAAUGUACGCUUGAAGAAAAUGUUUAUAUGCACUUCACUGUAUAUUUCAAAAACUGCAAUGACAUUCAAAGUGUUCUACAUCAUCUUCUGUUGAAGAGUAGUGUGACAAAGAGACAUAGUUAGAUAUCAACAUGUUGUAAAAAGUUCCACAGAAAGAGGAUAUGGACCUGAUAUUUUUGCCUCCUAGUGCUAACUGUAAUAUAAUGUUAAAAAUUAUUCAUAUUUUGUAUGGAUAAAAAUUAUGUAUUUUGCAAGUACUUGUAAACAUAUAUAUUCCUAUAUUUGAUGGUAACAAUGGUACACAAUGGAUGUUAAUCAUGCAUUACUAAUGAAGAAUGAUUAAAUCCUUUUGCAACAUUGUAGUUAAACAUAGACUUUUCACCAAUUUUAUGUUAAAAAUUUAAGAAGGGAUUCGAAUUGAAUAUAGAAAAUUGAAAUUCCCUUUUAACCCUUUUUUCAUGGACGUGUGAAGACUGUUUGAUUUGAUUACAUUCAAUGUAAUGUUCUCUCAAGUGCAUACAACACUGUAAACAUUUAGAAACCUAGUAUAGGUAACUGAAACAAUCUGAAUACUGGACAUUUUUUUUUUGUACAAUGGGUCUUUACCUGAUGGAAAAUAUUCAUUAAUGCUUCUGUACAGAUUCUAUUGGAAAGAUUCUCCUUCAAAAUGCAUUAAGAUAAUAUACACGUAUUUACUUAAUACAAUUUCUGUAACAAUAUUUACAAGUUUAUGGGUUAUAAUUAAAAAAUGUACCUGUAAUGAUCGAGAUAUAUAAAAAUCAUAUUCAGUGAUUUUAUAUGAAGUUUUCAGCUGGAAUUGAUGUGUUUAUAUGCAUAGAACCAGAAGAUACCAAUAUAACGUUAAGAAAACCUUUCAGUGUAAUAAAAACAA